CGCGCAUGGAGGUCGGCGGUGAUGCCGACACGGGCGCGGCUGGGCUCCCCGGCAGCUCACGCUGGCAGCAGGGGCUGGCGAUGCUCGUCGCGUACCCUCUGGACGAGCCUCGACAGCAGGUGCUCGUCAACGCCGCCGUCACGGCGGCGGGAGCCGGAUCGCAGUGGGAGUGCGCGGUGGCUCUGCUGCUGGGCUCAGUGGAGGCAGACGCUGUCACAUUCACUGGCGCGAUGACCGCGUGUGCGAAAGCAUCUCGCUGGGAGCGGGGCGUGGCCGUGCUGCGGCAGAUGCUGGGGCAGUCCGUGCAGCUGGACCUGCAAGCGACCCUGGCGGCCAUGCGCCUGCAUGGCUAUGCGCUCGACGCCCCAGGUGCACUGGGCUUGCUGCGCGGUGUGGUCGGAGGAGUGGGCCGAGAUGGGCACGCCAAGGCUGGCCCAGUGGAGGCGUACAACGCUUGUUUGUCCGCGUGCGCCAGGGCAGGCGCCGUCGAUGCAGUGGCGCAGCUGCUCAGCGAGAUGGAUCGCAGUACGGUCGCGAGGACUCGCGCCAGCUACGGCGCGGCCCUGCAGGCGAGCGUGUCCAGCGGCAGCUGGCAGACCGCCAUCGGGUUGCUGCGCUGCGCGGAGUCGGCGAACAUCGCGCCAGAUGCCCGGGCAUUCGCGGCCGCCGUGGGUGCAUGCGGCCGUGCGGCCAAGUGGCAGGUCUCCCUGCAGCUGCUCGCCCGCGCCGAGGCCCAGCGUUCUGCGGACGGCCAGUGUAGAAAUGCGGCCAUCGCAGCGUGCGCGCGUGCGGCGCUGUGGCGGGAUGCUCUGCAGCUGCUGGGGACCCACGGAGAGGAUAGUUCUGUGGUGUCCUGGAACGCUGCCCUCGCGGCCUGUUCCGAGGCUGGGGAGUGGGCCGCGGCUCUGGACGCACUGCGCAGGAUGCGCAUCAGGCGGGACAAGCAUGCCCCAGACGCCAUCACCUUCAACACUACAGUCGCGGCCUGCAAGAACGCCGGGAUGUGGGAGCAGGUCCUCGCAGUACUCCGCGACAUGGUCGCAGCAGGGGUCUUGCCAGACGUCAGCACGCUCACCGCGUCCACUACGGCGCUCGAGCGUGGGGGCGUACCAGAGCUGGUUACGGAUUUGUGGAGAUGGUUGUGCCCGCUGGGCGUGGUCCCGAACACGCCUGCCUUCAACGCGGCCCUCAUGGCGGCUGGACGCGGGGCGCUCUGGACCCAGGCCCUCGCGCUUCUGUGGGAUAUGGAGCGGCGCGGAGUGCCGAGAGACCGGCUGUCGCUGAAUGCGGCGAUGCGCGCCUUCAAGCGCGCAGGGAAGCCGCAUGUCGGGGCCAGCUCGCUGCCGCUCUUCCGCGGCUGGCUGCCGCCAGGGGACGUGGAGCGAUUCUCGUCGCGGUUGGAAGCGCGGCUGCUGCGACACCGCGGCAGCUCGCCACGGCCUGACGCGCUGCCCUUGGUCGCGGCCGCCCCACAGGCGUGGCGGGCCAGGGCUCUGCUGGUGGCGCUGCCGAUGGCGGGUGUGGACCUGGGGCCUCUUCGCGCCGCCGUCGGAAGGGCGCUGCCAGGCGCCCAGGUGUGGCUGUUCGGCUCUGCCGCGGAGAGCCUCCGGGAUGCGGGCGGCGACGUGGACGUGACGGUCGUCAUGCCAGAAGGCGGGCGGGAUCUCCCAGAAUUGUUCGAGGAGAAGCGCGCUGGACAGCACGCGCUGCUGAGGCGGCUGCGAACGCUCCUAGCGCGUAGCCCGGGCCUGGAGGUAUCGGGCCUCGUGCUUGAGACCAAGGUGCCAAUCCUCCGCCUCACGUUAAGCGGCGGCAUCCCAGUUGAUCUCUCAAUAGAGAAUCGCGCUGGCUGCCGCAAGAGCUCCCUGGUGGCGUCGUACCUAUCGGCUGCCCCUGCAUUGCGCCAGGUGUGUUUGGCGCUCAAGAGGUGGGCACGUUGUCGGAACGUUUACGGUCAGGUUCGAGGCUACCCUUCAGGCCUGGCUUUUGUCUGCAUGGCGGUUUUUGUGGCGCAGUGCGUUUCGCCACCCUUGUGUGCGGCCAUCGAUCCAGAUACCGUGCCACCCUUCGCGGAGCCGCUCGUCGGGGCGCUGCCGCACCUGCCAGAGCUGGAGGCCGACCUGGCGCCGCGCCUGCUGUCCACGGUCUUCCAGUUCUACGCCGACCAGUUCGACUGGCGCCACGAGGUGGUGUCGGUCCGCCGGGGCAGGCGGGGCUGGCGUGCUGCUCCGAGCGCGGUGCUCUCCGUGGAAGACCCCGUCGAGCGCGGCCUGGACCUCGCAGAGCCGCGGUCGGGUGGUCGGCCGCCCGCGGCCGCGGAGCCCUACAUGGACGCCGGCCGCAGCGCGGGCCUGGCCGCCGAGUUCCGGCGGGGGCACCGCCUGGCACGGGAGGGCCGCUGGGACGAGCUGCUGGCGCCAC